GAAAUUGGUUUACUUUUGAAUUUCAAAAUUUAAAUUUUUUAAUAAAUUUAAGGGUUAAAUCAAUGGCAACAUACAUGUCAAAUUCGAGUAAAUAAAAAUUAAAUGUCAUAUACUUUGUUCACUUUCAUGAAUACGCUGUGCUUAAAAUGUAAUGAGCUUACCUCAGGGUUAAAUUAUGUCUGAACAUAACUACAGGAACAGGUAUUACAUAUGAAAGUCUAUUACACAAAUGUCAAGCAUUUACGACGAACUGGAUAUUCUAUGUACUAUUGCAUGUUGGCAAUUGCUUUUUUAACAGCUUUCUCAUUCUCAUUUUUGAAUUACAAUAAAUUGGUUAAAUACUGCGAGUUCUCAACUCUACUGAAUCUGAUUUCCUGGUCAGAGUAUUGUUAUAUAUAAAACACAACUGAUUAACUUUGUUUAGUUAACGUAAUGCGGUCGGAUUAUUUAUAACGGAUAUUAUACGACAUACAAAAAUAAGUGCUGAAAAGUGUGAAUGAAUUAUAGCUUUAAUGCAAACAGUUAUUGUUGUAAAAUGUUCAUCCGUUUGCUGUAUUUGACUUUGUUCGGCUUGAGCGUCUUUGAGCAGACACAUGCUGCUAAUAUUCUAGCGAUAUUUCCCUUUCCGGGACCUUCGCAGUAUAUUUGCGUGCAAGCUUAUUUGAAAGCUUUGGCGGCGCGUGGCCAUGAAGUCACUGUGAUCUCAGCGUUUCCACAGAAAAAGCCAUUACGCAAUUUUCGUGAUAUAUCUAUAGAAGAAGUACUGAAUGGCUACGAAGAGACCAUUGUGAAUGUAAUUAGAGAGAAGUACAAUAAAUGGCAAGAAUUAAAUCUUUAUUAUAACUUCUUUACCGGUGUCACUUUGUCGGUACUGAAAAGUCCAAAGGUUCAAGAGUUAUUACGUUCUAAUGCGCAUUUCGAUCUCAUAAUUGUGGAAGCAUUACAAAUGGAUGCGAUAUAUGCAUUGGCGCAUCAUUACAAUGCCUCACUUAUCGGUGUAUCUACUUACGGUGCAGAUCCGACAAUUGACGAAUUAGUCGGUAAUACUUCACCCACAUCGUAUGUGCCGUUACCGCUCUCCGAACUGAGUGAUCGCAUGAGUUUUUGGCAACGUUUGCAAAAUGUUUGGCAUUACUUGUUGCAUCAACUGCAUAUGCAUCUCUUUUACUUGCCCAAUCAGGCUGCCAUAUAUAAGCAAUACUUUCCCAAUUCCACCGUGGAUAUAUAUGCGGUACGCAAGAAUUUCUCAUUAUUGCUCUUGAAUCAACACUUUGCGAUAAGUUUUCCGCGCCCAUAUGUACCGAAUGCUAUCGAAGUUGCUGGCAUGCACAUAAGUGACCGUCCCAAUAAGUUACCUACCGUUAUCGAGAACUUCAUUAAAGACGCUAAGCAGGGCGCCAUUUACUUCUCUUUGGGCUCGAAUGUGAAAAGUAAAAAUCUGUCAAAGGAGAAACUUGCGACUCUAAUGCGCGUCUUUGCAUCGCUACCGUAUAAUAUACUUUGGAAAUUCGAAGCUACAGAUUUACCGAAUAAACCGCCAAAUGUCUAUAUUAACAAAUGGUUUCCACAAUCCGAUAUAUUGGCGCAUCCCAAUGUGAAAUCGUUUAUUUCUCACGUUGGUUUACUCAGCACCACAGAGGCGAUUCAUCAUGCCAAGCCUUUGGUUGGCAUGCCCGUCUUCUUCGAUCAAUUUCUCAAUAUGGCACGCAUUAGACAUGCCGGUAUUGGCGUUGCCGUUAAUUACAGAUCGUUCACUUACGAUGAGUUGCGAAGUGCUAUCGUUGAAGUUAUGGACAAUGCAAAAUAUACGCAAAAGAUUCAACAAAUGUCGCGUCGGUAUCAUGAUCAGCCAAUGAAGCCCUUGGACAAAGCCAUCUUUUGGACCGAGUAUGUGCUGCGGCAUGAGGGCGCGCCGCAUAUGCGUGUUGCGGCACAAGAAAUGAAUUUUAUACAAUAUCACAGCUUGGAUACACUAACUGUCUUGGUUGUUGGCGCGAUAUUGGCAUUAAUACUUCCGGUAUGGUUUAUCUAUAGAAAUGUGCAGUGAAUGCUUCUGGGAAAUCGUGGAAAGUUAAAGCUAAAAUAUAAUUGAAAUAAAAAUGUAAAUUAAAUUGAAAUUGAAAAUAGUACUAUAAAAAAAUCUCAUUAGUAGAGGGUUCUUUCAAUAAAAACUUUACUUUAUAAUAAAAUUCUUGA